GAGGUUUGACAACCUAGCAUAGCUCAAACUUUUAGGAAGCUGUCUUUCAUUAGGUGGUUUCAAGCACGAUAUUGGCUGAAAGACCUUAUUUUCUGUCUCUGCUUUCAGGUUAUUUGUGGGACUCAUGUGAUCUUGCUGAAUUGGACUAGCGGCCCCGGGGAUGAGGAGAGGCCCCUACUGCUCCUCAGCUACCUGGCAAGGUGGAAUCUGUAGCCUUUUGAGUCUCCUAAGGAGAAGUCAGGUGACACUUAGCUAGGUAAAUGUUUGCUAGAGUUCGCUCUUAAAGCAAAAGGAUUUUUCCACCAAAGAUAAGUUUUCUUUUUAUUUAAUUUACACUAUAUAUUCAGCAAUAUCUCCCUUCAAAUUAGUAAGAUGGACAGGCCCACAGUUAGGUGUAUAAGGUGUCUGUCAGUUACACUGUGACCUCAGGUUCCAGAAUAUCAAGGCAACAUUCUUUAGAUGUUUCACUUUGGACUGAACCUAAGUUUAGAAGCAGUCAGCUUGUUGUCAAAGGGAAAAGGAUAUCCCAUGUGACCAGAAAACACCUGUUACUAUGAGUUGGUUUGGGAAUUACUUCUCUAAGUUUCCUGAGGAUGUUUCCUUUCUCAACGUACACUCACCUCUGUUGCUUUCGCUCAUACCAUCUGAAGAUGAACAACAUUUUAUCUCCAACUUGAGGAGCCAUGCACCAGCCCAGGCUGUGGUGAAGCAGCCUGUCCGGGGAGCCAGUGGCAGGACCACAGUCACAGCGAUUGUCCAGACUGGUGGGGACUGGAGCACCGGCCUCUUCAGUGUCUGCAGAGAUAGGAGAAUUUGUUUCUGUGGUCUCCUUUGUCCCAUGUGUCUUGAGUGUGACAUCGCCAGGCAUUACGGAGAGUGUUUUUGUUGGCCAUUGUUACCUGGGUCCACCUUUGCACUGAGAAUUGGCACCAGAGAGAGACAUAAAAUACGGGGCACGCUGUGUGAGGACUGGCUGGCGGUGCACUGCUGUUGGCCUUUUUCCAUCUGUCAAGUGGCCCGGGAACUCAAGAUGAGGACCUCCCAACUCUACGAAAUCUAUGCAGCCCCUUUGACUAAAGAAACUUUUAUUUGACAGGAAAAAGAGAUGAGACACAGAGGAAGAGACACACAGAGGGAAGACAGCCAUGUGAAGAUGGAGACAGAGAUUGGAGUGAUGCUGCCACAAGCCAAGAAAUGCCUUGGGUACUAGGAGCUGGAAGCGGUGGGGGGAUAUUCUCCCCUAGAGGACCCAGAGAGAGUGUGGCCCUGCCAACAUCUUUUGGACUUCCAGCCUUCAGAACUGUGAGAGAGUAAGUUUCUGGUUUUUUUGUUUUGUUUUUUUGUUUGUUUUUAAUUGAAGUAUAGUUGAUUUACAAAGUUGUGUUGG